GUCGGGGCGCCUCCCUGGGAAUUCCCGCCCGGCCCGGCUUAGCUUUAGGCUUGUCUGUUUGGGGAAAACAGGACAGCGCGGCACAGCAUGUGAAUCAAAGAGAGGCCGAGGGAACGGGAGGGGAAGGAGGAGGGGCCUUACCCGCAGCACCGGGAAGGUGAGCCCAGCCGGCAGGCAGAAGCUGCAAGGCUGCGCUGUAGUUCUUUCGGGCAAGGCGUCCCCGCGCAGCUCUCCGGUCCCCGGGCGGCACUGGUCAGCCAUGCGGGUCCCUCCAUCGCGGCUUACUCCGAUUUGGCGUGAUCGGCGCAGUUACCGGCGAGAGGAGCCGCCGCCUCGCUCGCGCCUUCUUAUCCAAACUGCCGGGCGUUGCUCCGGUUCUUUCCGCCACAGUCGCGCAGCCCUUUUUUCCAAUUCAAGCUACGCCUCCUCGGCACUCGCAGCCGCGGGAGCCCAGCACUGCGGCGCCCCUCGCUCCAACCAGCAGCCGCUGCUCGCGUCCAGAAGCCGGCGGCCGGACGGGAGGAAGUCAAGGACUGGCGCAAGCAUGUAAGUGGCGGGUGCAGCUUCACGGGUUCAUGUCACCCCUUUAUGGGGCUCCCAGGAAAGCAGCAACAUGGCAAAUGUUACACCGGUUCAGCUGGAUAAUCAGGAGGCCCAGCAGCAACUCAGCAAUACCCGAUGGGAGGGCACCGACUCUCCCCACCCCCGGCCUUGGGAGGAGGCUACGGCCACUGUCAAGCUCUUCGAAUGCUCACGGAUCAAGGCCCUCGCAGAUGAGCGAGAUGCAGUGCAGAAGAAGACUUUCACCAAGUGGAUCAACUCCCACCUGGGCCAGGUCUCCUGCCGAAUCAGCGACCUCUACACAGACCUGAGGGAUGGAUACCUACUGACCAAGCUGCUGGAAGUUCUGUCUGGGGAGCAGCUGCCCAAACCCACCCGGGGGAGGAUGCGGAUCCACUCCCUGGAAAAUGUGGACAAAGCCCUGCAAUUCCUGAAGGAGCAGAGAGUCCACCUGGAGAACGUGGGUUCUCAUGACAUUGUGGAUGGCAACCACCGCCUGACCCUGGGUCUCAUCUGGACCAUCAUCCUGAGAUUCCAGAUCCAGGUGAUUAAAAUUGAAACAGAAGAUAGCCGAGAAACCCGCUCGGCCAAGGAUGCCCUAUUGCUCUGGUGCCAAAUGAAGACAGCAGGUUACCCUGAGGUUAACAUUCAGAACUUCACCACCAGCUGGCGGGACGGGCUGGCCUUCAGCGCUCUCAUCCACAGGCACAGGCCGGACAUCAUUGACUUCAAGAAGUUGACCAAAUCCAAUGCAGUCUAUAAUCUCCAGCAGGCCUUCAACACUGCCGAACAGCAGCUGGGCCUGGCUAAACUGCUGGACCCUGAGGAUGUCAAUGUAGAACAUCCAGACGAGAAGUCCGUUCUUACCUACGUGGUGUCUUUCUACCAUUAUUUCUCCAAGAUGAAGGCGUUGGCUGUGGAGGGGAAGCGAAUAGGAAAGGUGCUGGACCAAGUGCUGGAGAUCGAGAAGAUCAUAGAGCGUUAUGAGUCUCUGGCCAGCGAGUUACUGGAGUGGAUCGAGAUCACCAUCCCCUUCAUCACCAACCAGAAGUUUGCCAACUCCCUGUCGGGAGUCCAGCACCAGCUGCAAGCCUUCACCGCCUUCUGCACCCUGGAGAAGCCCGUCAAGUUUCAGGAGAAGGGGAACCUGGAGGUUUUGCUUUUCUCCAUCCAGAGCAAACUCCGCGCCAAUAAUCGCAAACUGUACGUCCCCAAGGAGGGAAAGAGCAUCUCGGAUAUCAACAAGGCCUGGACGCAGCUGGAGAAGGCAGAGCAUGAGCGGGAAGUGGCCCUUCGUGCUGAGCUCAUCCGUCAGGAGAAGUUGGAGCUACUGGCCCAGCGUUUUGACCACAAAGCCGUCAUGCGGGAAACUUGGCUGAACGAGAACCAGCGGCUGGUCUCUCAGGACAACUUUGGCUGUGACUUGCCUGCCGUAGAGGCUGCCAUGAAGAAGCACGAGGCAAUUGAGGCAGAUAUCUCCUCCUACCAGGAGCGCAUCCAGGUGGUGCUGGAGCUGGCCCAGGAAGUGGAGUCUGAGGGCUACUACGACAGCAGGCGUAUCAUUGCCCAGAAGGACAACAUCCUGCGCCAGUGGGGACUUCUGACAGAGCUGGUCAGUGCUCGGCGCACCCGCCUGGAGCAAAAUGUCGCCCUGCAGAAGAUUUUCCAGGAGAUGGUCUACAUGAUUGACUGGAUGGAGGACAUGCAGGCCCAGCUGGCAUCAAAGGAGUUUGGGAAGCACCUUCUGGAGGUGGAGGACCUGCUACAGAAGCACAGCUUGCUGGAGGCCGACUUGUCUGCGCAGCAGGACCGGGUCCAGGCUCUCAACGCCGCAGCCCUCAAGUUCUCGGAGCUGCAAGGCUAUCAGCCUUGCGACCCCCAGAUUAUUUGCAACCGCGUCAGCCAUGUCCAGAGCUGCCAGGAACGGCUGCAGGAGCUGGCGUCCAAGCGGCGGAAGGAGCUGGAGGCCUCUCGCCAGCUGUGGUCCUUUCUGCAGGAGGUGGAAGAGGCCGAGGCCUGGGUGCGGGAGAAGGAGCGCAUCCUGUCGUCCUCCCAGAGCUUCGGCAAGGACCUGGACAGUGUGGCCAAGCUGCUAAGCAAGCACAACCUGCUCCUGAGUGAGCUGAGCGGCCGCCGCUCCCUGCUGCAGGCGGCCAUGCGACAGGGUGAGCAGGCAUUGCUGCGGAAGCGAUUCGGCCUGGGCAACGUGCAGGAGAAGAUCCGGGACGUGCGCCUGCACUGGAAGAAGCUGGAGGGGCUGGCAGCCAGCCACCUGCAGAAGCUGCAAGGGGCCUUGAGCUUCCACCAGUUCAGCGCCGACACGGAUGACUUGGUGGCCUGGCUGCAGGACGCCUACCGCCUGGUCUCCAGUGAUGACUUUGGACACGACGAACACUCUACCUGCUCGCUGGUCAAGAAGCACAAGGGGGUGAUGCAGGAGAUCGACAAGCACCGGGCGGCGGUCCUGGCCCUGCGGAAGCAGCUGGCCACCCUGGCCCCCGAGUACCAUGAGACCAUGGAGGUGCAGAUCCGCAUCGUGGAAGUAGAGCAGCUGUAUGAUGAGGUGGCUGAGGUGGCCAUGCUGCGGUGCCAGUGGCUCCAGGACGCCCUGGCUGUGUACCACCUCUUUGGCGAGGUGAAUGCCUGCGAGAUCUGGCUUGAUGAGAAGGAGCAAUGGCUCAACCGGAUGGAAGUGCCAGAGAAGCUGGAGGACGUGGAGGCGGUCCAGCACCGGUUUGAAAGCCUCGAUCAAGAGAUGAACAGCCUAAUGGGUCGUAUUCUGGAUGUUAACCAAAUUGUUCAGCAGCUGGUUGAUGGGGGCCACCCUAGUUCCUCUGAAGUCCAAUCCUGCCAGGACCAUCUCAACAGCAGAUGGAACCGAGUGGUGGAGCUGGUGGAUGAUAAGAAGAACCACCUCAGCUCCAUUCUGAAGAUCCAGAACUACUUGCUGGAAUGCAGUGAGAUCAAGUCUCGGAUCCGGGAGAAGCGCAAGGCCAUCGAGUCCACCCAGUACAGCAGUGGUGAUCUGGGCAGCGUCCUCUCGCUCCAGCGCCGCCUCUCCACCAUCGAAGCGGCCCUGGUGCUCCUGGAGCCCCGGCUGGUUGAGCUGCAGCAGGAAGGGGAGUCCUUGGCCACCACCCACCCCGCCCAGGCCAUGGAGGUUCUCAUGCAGUUUGAGGAGAUCAGCGAGGAGUGGGAGGCUUUGAAGAAGACUCUGCAGGGCUGCGAGGAUUCACUGACGGUGGCCAGCAGGCUGCAGCAGUUCAUCCAGGACCUGGACAGCUUCCUGACCUGGCUGGUGAAGAUGCAGGCCGCCGUGGCCUCGCCUGGGGAGGAGCUGCCAGGCGACCUCUCAGAGGCCGAGCGGCUGCUUCACCAGCACGCUCUACUCAAAGAGGAGAUCAGCCGCUACGAGGAGGAUUAUGCCAAGAUCCAGGCUGUCAAUGAUGUGCUGGCGCUGGAGGAAGCUGAGCUGCCCUACCUGUCCCUCCAGCAGUGGCUGCAGAAGCUGGAGGUGGGCUGGAACAAGCUGCUGGAGAGUUGGGAGCACCGCCGGGAGGUCCUGGUGCAGGCACACAUCUUCUUCCUCUUCCUGCGUGAUGCCAAGCAGGCCGAAGUUUGUCUGUACAACCAGGAAGCCACACUGGAUCACACAGAGCUGCCCACAACUGUGGAAGGGGUGGAGAAGGCUAUCAAGAAGCAGAAAGAGUUCAUGACCACCAUGGAGCUCCAGAUGCAAAAGACCACCGUGGCUCUCAAGGCGGGCGAGAGCCUGAUUCGGCAGGGCAACCUCUAUAGUGAGCCGGUGAAGAACAAAAUGGAGACCCUCCAGGCAAAGAGCAGACAAAAUGUCCAGCUGGCCAACACCUGGAUGCUGCGCCUCACUGACCACCUGGAGCUGCAGUGCUUCCUACAAAACUGCCAUGAGCUGGAUGGCUGGGUGGCGGAGAAAAAGGCGCUGAUGGCCGGCGAGGCGCCCCGUGACAAGGACGCGCCGCCAUGGAAGCCGCCGCCGCCGCGGGCCCCCAAGCGAUGGCUCCGGCACCGCGCCUUCACUGCCGAGCUGGCGCAGAAUAAGGAAUGGCUGCACAAGAUCGAAAAGGAGGGGCGGCGGCUGAUCCAGGAGAAGCCAGAGCUGGCAGAAACAGUGAGGAAGAAGCUGGGGGAGAUCCGGCAGUGCUGGGCAGAGCUGGAGUCGGCCACUCAGGCAAAGACCCAGCAGCUCCUGGAAGCCACGCAGGCCGACCGGAUAGUGCAGAGCUACACAGAGCUGGACAAGCAGCUUCUGCACAUGGAAAGCCAACUGCAGGCGGUGGAUGCUGGGCCGGGCCUGGCCAGCGUGAACAGCAACCUCAAGAAGCUGCAGACCCUGGAGACGCAAGUGGAGGAGUGGUCCAAGGAGGCGGGGGAGCUGCAGGCCCAGGUCGCUGCCCUGCCGUUGGAGACGGCCAGCCAGGAGAUGGUGGAUGGCAGGCAGAACGUGGUGGGAGCACGGAUUGUCCGCCUCAUUGAGCCCCUCCGGGAGCGCCGGAGGAUCCUGCUGGCCUCCAAGGAGCUGCAUCAAAUCAGCCACGAUCUGGAGGAUGAGCUGGUCUGGGUGCAGGACCACCUCCCACUGGCCAGGCUGAAAGACCGCGGGAGCAACCUACAGAGCGUCCAGCAGCUGAUCAAAAAGAACCAGAACCUGCGCCGUGAGAUCCAGGUGCACAAACCCCGAGUAGAUGAGGUGCUGGCGCGAGCCGGUAGCAUCGCCUCCAUCCAGAGCCCUGAGGUGGACACAGUGCGGCUUCUGUGGGAGAAGCUCUCCGAGCUGUGGGGUGCCCUCCAGGAGGAGACUGAGCAGCGGCAGCAGCUGUUGGACGCCACCUACCAAGUGGAGCAGUACUUCUUUGAUGUUGGGGAGGUGGAAGCCUGGCUGAGCGAGCAGGAGCUCUUCAUGAUGACCGACGAGAAGGGCAAGGAUGAGCAGAGCACGCUCCAGCUGCUGAAGAAGCAUCUGAUGGCCGAACAGACAGUGGAGAACUACGCGGAGACCAUCGCCCAGCUGUCGCGGCAGUGCCGGUCCCUGCUGGAGCUAGGCCACGCAGACAGCGAGCAGGUCAGCCGGAGGCAGUCCCAGGUGGACCGGCUCUACGUCUCCCUGAAGGACUUGGUGGAGGAGCGUAAGGCCAGCCUGGAGCAGCAGUACUGGCUGUACCAGCUCCACCGCGAGGUGGACGAGAUGGAGCACUGGAUUGCUGAGAAGGAGGUGGUGGCUGGCUCACCCGAACUGGGGCAGGACUUCGAGCACGUGACCUUGCUGCAGGAGAAGUUUACCGAGUUUGCCAGCGAGACAGGCACUAUUGGCAACGAGCGGAUCUUGGCCAUCAACCAGAUGGUGGAUGAGCUGAUUGAGUACGGGCACGCAGAUGCUGCCAUCAUUGCUGAGUGGAAGGACGGGGUGAACGAGGCCUGGGCGGACUUGCUGGAGCUGAUCGAGACCAGGGCGCAGAUGCUGGCUGCCUCCCACGAGCUGCACAAGUUCUUCAACGAUUGCAAGGAUGUCCUGUCCCAAAUUGAGGAGAAGAAGCAGCGCCUACCCGCGAUUGCGGCCCGGGAGUGCAAGACCUCAGCUGGGACUCUGCAAAGGAUGCUCAAGUCCUUUGAGCAUGACAUCCAGGUGCUGGUGGCCCAGGUACGGCAACUGCAGGAGGUGGCAGCCCAACUGCAGACGGUAUACGCGGGUGAGAAUGCCAACGCCAUCGCCACCAAGGAGCAGGAGGUGAUGCGCUCCUGGAAAGAGUUGUUAGGCUUGUGCGAAGAUUGCCGGCUGCAGGUCACCACCACGGCCGAUAAGAUCCGCUUCCUGAAUUUAGUGCGGGACCUCGUUUCCUGGAUGGACAUCAUUCUCUGCCAGAUUGGUGCUGGCGAAAAGCCCAGGGACGUGUCCACGGUGGAGGUACUGAUGAGCGACCACCAAGGCCUGAAGGGUGAAAUUGAGGCUCGCAGCAAGUCCAUCUCCACCUGCGUCGACCUGGGCAAGACUCUGGUGCUGAACAGAAGCCCAGCCUCUGAGGAGAUCAAGCUCCACCUGGAGAAGCUGAGGACCAAGAAGAAGGAGAUGGUGGACAAGUGGGAUCAGCACUGGGAGUGGCUGCAGCAAAUGCUGGAGGUGCACCAGUUUGCCCAGGAGGCUGUUGUGGCGGAUGCCUGGCUGACUGCCCAAGAGCCCCUGCUAAGGAGCCGGGAGCUGGGCAACAGUGUGGAUGAGGUGGAGCAGCUCAUCCGGCGCCACGAAGCCUUCCGGAAAGCUGCUGCCACUUGGGAGGAGCGCUUCAGUUCCCUGAGACGUCUCACCACCAUUGAGAAGCUGAAGGCCGAGCAAAGCAAGCAGCCACCCACCCCCCUCUUGGGCCGAAAGAUCUUCCCGGAUCCUGCCGAGCUGAGCAGCAAGGGUGCCUCCUUCCUGUGUCAGCCGCUCUUCGAGAAGGCCCAUGCACUGCUCAAUGGACUAGAGCCGGAGUCCACUGAGGCCAAGGUGGCCUAUGUCCGGCAGGAGCUGAAACCCGAGCGGCUGCAGCCCAAGAUUGACCACCUACAAGAGGGCCAGGGGGCUGCCAUGGAAGCCAAAGCCCAGGAGAAAGCCGGCGAGGCCAGCGUGGCUGUAGAGGAAGCCCUCAGAACGGGUACUUUGAGCCGAGCUCCUGGGUCCUUGCUAGAACAGGGGGAGGUCAAGUUAAGCCGGCCGGACAGGCACCGGGAGCGCCAGGAAGCUCGCCGAUCACUGGAGCAUCAUGAGUCCACCGAGCAGGACGCACCCCGGCACGAGCCAGCUGAGCGCAAGAGAGAGAGACGAGACCGGAGGGCAGAGCGGCGGGAAUCCAGCGAGCAGGAGGCUCCACACGUGGACCCCAAAGCAGGCGGCAAAGCCACCCUGGCUGACAUCGUGGAGCAGCUUCAGGAGAAGGAAUCGGGAGUGCUGGCCCCUGCCACGCCGCGGGAAAGAGAGUCUCCUGCUCGCCUGCCCAACGGCCUCGAUGUGCUCCCGGAGAGGACGCCACGGCCAGACCGGCCCCGUGCCCGCGACAGACCGAAACCUCGCCGGAGGCCCCGUCCCAAAGACCCCAAUGCACCACCAGGCGAAGCCUGGCGCUCACGCUCUGCCCCUGCCCAGAGCAGCACCCCACCUCCGCCACCCCCAACACAUACUGUCCAGCAGGAGGGCUACCUUCUCCGCAAGCUUGAGCUGGAGGGGCCAAGCAAGAAAGCCGCAAAUAGAUCUUGGAUCAACCUUUACUGCGUGCUCAGCAAAGGGGAGCUGGGCUUCUACAAGGACUCCAAAGGCCGGGAAUCUGGAAGCACCCACAGCAAUGAGCCUCUGCUGAGCCUGCAAAGUGGCGGCGCGGAGGUGGCCAAUGACUACAAGAAGAAGAAGAACGUACUGAAGAUCAAGACCAACGACGGGGUUGAAUUCCUCCUGCAAGCCAAGGAUGAGGAGGACAUGAAGACCUGGCUGACGGCUCUGAGUUCAUCUAUUGCGGAGCACGGGGAGAUCACCCGCUGGGGCCAGGCGCUGCUCACCACCUCCUCCACAGAUGAAGGCCUCCCCAAGCGGGACACUGACAGAAGGGCCAGUACCUCUGGCAGGAAGAAAUGAGGCAGCUGCCCGCCCUCAGCCCCCGCCCUUGAGGCUGGGAAGGACAAGCAGGCAGGCCAAUGUAGCCUUGGUGUGUGGAGAAAACUUUGGGGUGGCUGAGGGACUGCCCAGCAGGAGCUCUGCCAAGAAGGAGGGAUGGGGGGGGACAACCUCUGUGAAGCAGAUGCUGGACUUGUGUGGCUGGACAAAGAGCUUCUGCCUGCCCCAUCUCUUCUGACUGCUAGGAGCUGAGAGGUGCCCUCAGCCUGGGGACAGAGUUUUGCCUUCCCCGUGAAUGGCAACAGGAGACCAGGUGCCCCCGGACUCCCCCCACUCCUUUUUUAUCUGUCCUGGUAGCCAGACAGAAGGAUCCGGUCCACAAUUUGCUCCUCUGUUCAGUGGAGUUACUGCAGCUCCCCAGAGGGGUCCCACCGGUUGAUGAGCGCUGAGCCCAGCCAGCAGGGAGGAAGCCAAGCGAUGGCAGAGGGGAUUCCAGAGGCCAAGGAGCCGCAUGGAGGAGGAGCACCUCCUUCCGCUUCACAUCUCUCAGAAAUGGUGCUACUGUGGGUGCCAAGGAUGGUGUGUAUGUGUGGUUCUCAGAGCUUGCUGCAGGCCCUUCUCUGCACAGUCUCCUUACCCGCUCACCCCUCCCCCCCGCAUUCAGCUCACCUAGGUCACUCAUGCAAGAGAACAUCGCACCCACACCGUCCUGGAGGAACGAGACGCUCUUCUGGGUUCAGCUGCCGCCUUCAGCCUGCCUUGGAGAAACUUUCACAUCUGCUCCCCAGGCGAUUGCCUUUGCCUCCCACUCUUUCAAAGGUGUGCUUGGAUGCAUGCUGGGUAAAUCUCUGGGAUAAAGCCCACAAAGGUGGCCUGGAGGGGGUGAAGGGCAGAAGCUCUUCCAAAUGACCCUCCAGAAUUUCAGCCAGCAUCUCCGAGAAGUCUCCCACUUUGCUUGUCAACCGCACCUUGAGCACCGUGCUUGGCUCCUGGAUCUUCCUGCUUUCCAGGAUGAAGAAGGCCGAAGCGGAGAGUAGGCAGCUGCCCAAAUGUGUGAAGGCCCCUUGUCCUUGUGAACAAGCCAUAGUCACAUCCCCGCUCUUGCUAUGAGGGAGGGACUCACCAGAUGUAUUUAUAUGCAAUAACACAACGGGAGGCCAGAGACUGACCAGCCAGCCUCAGCGUAGCCCAUCCCAGCUGAGCAGUGAGAGCUUGCAUGGGAGCAACCGGACCUUGACUCUAAAGCCCACCUCUGAUGCCAAGUGUCCCAAGGGCUGCCCGGUUCCUGACUCCCACUGUCCCAUUCGUCUGCCCAUUGCAGCAAGGGGGGGGGCUGCUCAGAAGCAGGAAUGCCUCUCCCGCUGGCCACGGAAUCGUGCAUGCAGUCCCUUUCUCUGCCUAGCCCUGAAUGUUCCCCAUGCUUGAAGCAGCAUGUAAGGAAGAGCUUGGCCGUGGGCCUCUGGAUGGAAUCGUGCCAGGCGCAGGGAGCCAUGGGGAAAUUGCACUACGUUCAGUGGCUCUACUUGGAAAUUGUACUUCCUUUCAUGACAUGCUAACGUGGAUGUACACCUACAAUCUAUAAGAUGCAAAAAUAACUAGGGGAUUUGAAAUUAAAUGUGUGUUGAGCCCAGAAGAAACCAGUUUAAUUGCUGUGUGGCUCAGUCAUCUUUUCCCAAGGCACUUUUCUUCCUCGGGAGCAUGCUUCGUCAGCCAGGGCCAAGGGGCUAGUUGAUCAGUUACUGCUUCCGGCGGUUGGGUGAUACCCUCAGCCUGAGUUGGGGCCAAAUUCAGCCUACUCUGGGCCUGAUGUAGUUUCCACAGUGUUCUGCCCUGGAUGGAGUUGGUGCAGCUUGUGUUGUUUUCCAUCUUCUCGGGGAGCUUCCCUGGUUCAGAAUUGUAACUUUUUUGUCUAGUAUAAAGAAGGAUCAAUCAAAAUUUGAA